AUGAAAGCCACCUUCUCGAAACGUGGAUGGUCAACAAUGGAGGGGAUCAUACCAAAAAUCAAGGAAGCCGUUGCAGAGAGAUCGAAGAAGCAGAACAACAACAUUGACCUUUCGACGGCAGAAAACUGGCUAAUGCGUCCUGAACUGGUUGUCAUCUGUAAAGAUGCCAUCGAGAAAAACUUGACUUCCAGGCACCUAUCCUACUCUCGAGGCUUUUCGGGCGAUCCCGAUUUGUUGCACGCGUACUCGACCUUUCUCAACGACCACUUCAAGCCUUUCAAACUCGUGGAGCCGGCUCAUCUUGCUACCGGUCCGGGAGCAAUGGCAUGCGUGGAUACCCUUUUGUACAAUAUCUGCGACCCAGGAGAUGGAGUGCUUACACCUGGACCGUAUUGGAAUGGCUACGACUUCGGAUUCAAAGUGCGCUCAUCAGUAACGCCAGUGCUCGUACCAUUGCCAUCCUUGGAAGCGAAUUUUACCAACGAACUUCUCUUAGCGCUUGAAGAUACAUAUGAGUCGGCAACCAUACCCAUCAAGGCCUUGAUCCUUACGAAUCCUCAUAACCCUCUCGCUGUUUGCUAUUCCACAGAGACUCUGGAGAGCUGUCUGAAAUUUUGCAAGAAGCGCAACCUCCACUUCAUCUCUGAUGAAAUAUACGCCCUCUCCGUCUUUGCGAAUCCCGAAAUCAAAGAGCCACGGCCAUUCGUUUCAGUCUUGUCGAUUGAUCUUGAUCACAUCGGAGCUGACCCUUCUCGUGUGCAUAUGGUGUGGAGCAUGAGCAAAGACUUUGGCCAAAGCGGGUUCAGAAUGGGGGUCACGGUGUCACAAUCCAAUCCAGAAAUGACAGUCGGACUCGCACUUGCAGCAAAUACCCAGAUCUCGUCUCUAUCUACCAUAUGCGUCAUUCGGCUUCUAUCAUCCCCUGAACUCCCUCUAUUGAUCGAGAUGAACUCCAAAAGGCUUGGAGUUGCGUACAGAACGCUUACAGCAUUCUUCAAAGACCGCGGCAUACCGUAUUUCCCGGCAAACGCGGGUCUCUGCGUGUUCGCUCGUCUAACGGACGCCGAGACAUGGGAAGGCGAAGCGGAGAUGGUAAACAGGAUCAAAGAUGCUGGGGUGCUGGUUAGCGGCGGUAGAGCGUAUCAUGGACCGGAACAUGAGAAAGGUUGGGCGAGAGUGCUGUUCGCGGUGGAACCCGAGGUGUUGCGGGAUGCGGUACGAAGGCUGGAGAAUCCGGAUGCCUCCAUCGUCCCUCACAUUCUACUAUGGCUUUGCCAACUCACCGCACUCGCUGCUCCCCCUUUCAACGGACGCCGGUCCAUCUUCAGCACUCUUAUCAUUACCUUGGCAAUCUACUGCAAUCUGCAUCCUCACUUCACGAACAACUUUGACCUAGCGCAACUCUUCUCGCUUGCAUGGUCCUUCUACACUGCCACGUUGGCUAAGCUUGUCUUCUCAGGAAUUGAAGGCCCCGAAGAACGCUUUUGGCGAGUUGAUGGACCUGCUCGGGAGGCCAGAACCUACACCGGAUUUGGCUGGAAGAAGUUUCGGUGGGCUGCUGUUCUCAUGUUCAAUCAGCGCGGCAUCCGGUGGAACCACCAUGUCAAGAACGUUCAACCUCCGUCCAGAAGCCGCAGAACUCGCUUUCUGAUAGCUCAACUAGCGAAAUCCCUGGUAUGCGCUUGUAUGGCCGAUUUUCUUUAUCAGGUUCACCAGCGAGUCAAUUUCACCCCUCCAGGUGGGCAGGUCGGCGAAAUGGAUAGUAGGGUCCUUACACUCCGUCAUCCGGACCGGCGUUGGAGUCUGCUCAAGACAUUUUCAUUUGGGGGUUUGCCCUAUUUCAUGCUCAGCAUGCAGUUUGCGCAAGGUGCAUUCCUUGCAGUGUUGCUUGGGCUCAGUGAACCAGAAAUGCUUACUUCAUACACCGAUACAUUUGCGAACCUGCUGGGCAUCCCACGUGGCUGCAAUAUCUCUUCAUAUACAAAGCUCUACCUCGCUUUCCUCAUCUCCGGAAGCUUUCACGCACUAGGACAGCUCCAUCUGCCUCGGCCGGCUAAUAUCAGUGCGAGCGAAUGCUCCUUGGGGUUUUUACUCUUCUUCAUCUGGCAAGCGAUUGCAAUCACAGCAGAGGAUUUUGUAAUAUGGGUUUGGCGGAAUAGGAUGAAAAGGUUGAAUCAUCUUGUGGGCUACGCUUGGGUACUACUGUCCAUGUGGUUCAGUUUACCUCUGGUAGGCGAUACUGUUCUCAAGCUUCGAGUAGGUACCGGUUCCUUUUUACCAUUCUCCCCCACAAAGUCGCUGGUAGAGCAAUUUGUUUCCAUCCCCCCAUGA